UGUCUCGUCCGGUUGUCUCUGGCAACGUACGUCAAUCUCAUCCCUUCAACCCACCAUACUUAUCCCGCAUCAACCACCACCACCACCGCCUCGUGCCCGCUGAAACACCCCACCCCCGAACUUCGCAACACAUUCGGCCCUCGCUACCUCGCCGCCAAACAACCCCCGAAUCCCACACACAGCUCCACCCGAAACUGCCGACGUUCUGUCCUAUACGCACCCCGAACCGCCGAUUCCGUCCCUUGCGGGGAAGCUAAGCAUGGAAGAGGCCGUCCUUUUACACGAUGCUCUGGCCGUGGUGCGCCAGCAGACCCAGCUUAUGCGGAAAUGUCUCGAGACACAAGGUAAACUGAUGGAUGCUUUAAAGUGCAGCUCCACCUUGGUCUCGGAACUUCGGACGAGCUCACUCAGUCCCAAAAAGUACUAUGAGCUCUACAUGGCCGUGUUCGACGCCCUUCGGCAUCUGUCCGUAUUCCUCCGUGACAGUCACCCGGUUAAUCACCUGGCCGACCUGUACGAGCUCGUUCAGUAUGCCGGAAACAUCGUGCCGCGAUUGUACUUGAUGGUGACGGUUGGAACGGUCUACAUGUCCAUUCCCGAUGCGCCAGUCAAGGAAAUCAUGAAGGAUAUGAUGGAGAUGUGCAGAGGUGUUCAGCAUCCGAUAAGAGGGCUGUUCUUACGAUACUACCUAUCUCAGCAAGCUCGAGAUUCACUUCCUACCGGCACCAACGACGGGCCAGAAGGCAAUUUCCAGGACUCCAUCUCCUUCAUCAUCACGAACUUCAUCGAGAUGAACAAGCUCUGGGUCCGACUGCAGCACCAAGGCCACUCCCGGGAACGAGAGAAGAGAACCCAGGAGCGGAAGGAACUGCAGCUCCUCGUGGGCAGCAAUUUGGUCAGGUUGAGCCAGCUGGUGGACCUUGAGACGUACAAGAACGUCAUACUUCCCCCAUUGCUGGAGCAGGUUGUGCAGUGCCGUGACGUUCUCGCCCAGGAGUAUCUGCUUGAGGUCAUCACCCAGGUUUUCCCCGAUGAGUUCCAUCUGCACACGUUAGACGCUUUCCUGUCAGCGACUGCUAGGCUCAAUCCCAAUGUCAAUGUGAAAGCUAUUGUCAUCGGACUCAUGGACCGUCUUUCUGCAUACGCCACCCGAGAAGCACAGUCCGAGACACCCGAGGAGCGGCUGCGGAAAGAGGAAGAAGCGGCGCAGAAGCUGAUGGAGAGGCUCGAUGUGACGGAUGAGUCGCAGGCUAGCUCACAGUCCCCUCCAGGGUCUAUCAAAGAGCCACCACCGACAACGGAGCCGUAUGAGCUGGACGGCGCACGGUCGACAGAUUCGGCGUCGUCUGCCAAUGGAGAAGACAAAGGAACGGCAGCCUCCGAGGCAUCUGAAGUAACAGAGUCAACCAAAGUCGAGAGCGAGACGGCUGAGGACUCGGAGCCGAAGAAACCGGCUAAGGGAAUUCCCGACGACGUCAAGCUCUACGAGAUUUUCUACGAGCAGGUGUUGAAUCUGGUGAAUGUAAGGGCACACACGAGGGCGUUUGGUCACUCCAGUUCGGAACCGCAGGCUGAUUUCCGGGUAUCAUCGAAGGCGCAAAAUCUCCCGAUUCAAGACAUCAUCGCUCUUCUCGUUUCCCUUGCAAACCUGGCCCUGAAGAUCUAUCCCGACCGACUGGAAUAUGUCGACCAGAUCUUGAAAUACACGAAUCAGAAGGUCGCCGAUAUGGCCAACAGUGCCGAUUUGCACUCCCCAGCCUGCCAGCAGAACAUCCUCAACCUGAUGCUGGCGCCGGUCAACUCCUAUGCGUCCCUCUUCACUGUGCUUGCUCUUCCGAGCUAUCUCCCCCUCCUCCACGCUCAGUCAUACCCAACCCGCCGCUCCGUUGCGAAUGUCGUUGUGCAUAAUAUUCUCAAGAAUCAGACAAAGAUACAGACACCGGAAUACGCAGAGGGCGUUUUCAACUUGAUCCGCGUUUUGAUCCGGGAGGGCCAGCAACAAGCAGCUGCCGGAUAUCCCGCUACACAGACGCGGAGAUCUGGUCGUGACCUGGAGACGGAUGAGACGAUGGAGGAGCAGGGUCUUCUCGCCAGGAUGGUCCACCUUUUGCACAGUGACAAUAAUGAAGUCCAGUUCAAGCUCCUGCAAGCCGCCAAAAAGGCUUUCAACGAGGGCGGUGAUAGGAUCCGGUACACGACGCCGGCACUCAUCACGCAGUCGAUCAAGCUGGCCCGCCGCUUCAAGGCUCGCGAGCACUACGACAAUGAAUGGUCGACCAUGUCCGCCGCGCUAUACAAGUUCAUGCACCAAAGCAUAUCCGGCUUGUACGUGCGCAUAGUCUCCGCCGACCUUUCGCUCCGCCUGUUCCUCUUCUGCGGCCAAGUCGCCGACCAAUGCGAGUUCGAAGAGGUUGCCUACGAGUUCUUCGCGCAAGCUUUCACAGUCUACGAAGAGGCGAUUUCCGACUCACGCGCGCAAUUCCAAGCUGUAACCGUAAUCGCAAACGCUCUGCACGCCACCAGAAACUUUAGCAAAGAGAACUACGAUAACCUCAUCACUAAAUGUGCCCUUCACGGUAGCAAACUCCUCAAGAAACCGGACCAAUGCAGAGCCGUGUACCUCGCUUCGCACCUGUGGUGGGCUGUCGAGGUCCCUGCCAGAGACGAGGACGAGAAAUCCCCGCUGUACAGAGACGGCAAGCGCGUGCUUGAGUGUCUCCAGCGUGCUCUGCGCGUCGCAGAUGCCUGCAUGGAUACCGCUGUCAGCGUGGAGCUGUUUGUCGAGAUCUUGAAUCGAUACGUUUACUAUUUCGAUAGACAAAAUGAAGCCGUUACGGUCAAAUACCUCAACGGGCUGAUCGAGCUGAUCCACUCUAACCUGGCUAGCGCAGAAGUCGGCGGGUCCACGGACCUGCCGAGGAAACACUUCGAGCGCACGCUGGAGUAUAUUGCGUCCCGCGACUUUGAGGGCAUCGUUCUCGAUCCGAAGUAGGAGAUCGGUAUCGGAAGGGAAUGGCUAUCGUUGCUGACCAGUACUGUUACCGCUGCGGUUGCGGUGGCGGGCGAUGAGAGGAAGUGAGGAAGUAAUGCUUGCUUGCCUGUUUUGUGAGGUGUGGUUGCUGCCGUUUUUUCUUUUUUCUUUCGUUUCUUGUGUUGGUUUGCGAGGUGUUGGUUGAGGAGGGAGAAAAGACGAGGAGUGAGACAGGGAGAGGGUGGGAGAGGGGAAUUGUAGAGAUGAGAUGCUUGCGACUGUGAUUAAGUAAUUUUGCCUUUUAUUUGUGAGUGACUGUAAAUUGUUGAUUUUAUGACGAGGGAGGAUUUUCUUUGACUUGACUUCACUUGAUGGUAUCCAUCCAUACUAUCCAUAUCGCACUCGCACUCGCACACAUUUACAUUCCGUGUCACUCGUUCUACUUCUUUUCGAAUAACCCUCUUCUGGUCGCCAUACCUAGUCUAGUAAGGCCGCAUGCGACAAUAAAUUGAUGCUGUC